AUGGUUUAGACAUAAAAAGAUGUAAUAUCUUCAAAACAUAAGCAAAUUGAUGAAGAAUUAUUUCAUCUUAAAUCAAUAUUUUAAGAAAAGGCAUAUAAAGAGGCCACAAAUUUAAAAUUACCUAUAAUAGAUAAGAAUGAAUAUUAAUAUUUCACUCUAUAGAAUGGAUUAAAAGUAUUAGUGAUAUAAGAUCCAGAAGCUAAAAUUGCAUAAGCAGCAUUAUGUGUAAAUGUAGGUUCAUGGACAGAACCAGAUGAAUAUCCAGGUUUAGCUCACUUUUUAGAACAUAUGUUAUUUUAAGGAUCAAAGAGUUAUCCAUAGGAAGGAUAUUUUUAAAAAUUGGUAGCAGAAGGAGGUGGAUCAACAAAUGCAUAUACUAGAGGAGAAGAAACAAAUUAUUAUAUGAAAAUAAAUAAUGAAAGAGUAGUGGAAGCUUUAUAAGUGUUUGCUCAUUUUUUUAUUGAUCCUUUAUUGGAUUCAAGUAUGGUUGAUAGAGAAGUAAAUGCAGUAAAUAGUGAAUAUGAAAUAGCAGUAUCAGGUGAUUUAUGGAAGAUUUCACAUUUAUUUUAGAUUUUAUCAAAUAAACCAAUAGGUAGAUUUACAAUAGGUUCAUUAAAAACUUUAAAAGAUCCUAUGAAAGAAUUAGUAAAAUUUCAUUCACAAUACUAUAGUGCAAAUAUUAUGAGUUUAGUGGUAAAAUCAAAUUAUCCUGAUAUGGCCAAAUGGAUUAGAGAAUAAAGUGAUUUUUCAUAAAUACCAAAUUUGAAUUUAAAAAAAAGAUCAAAAUUACAUUUACCUUUAAAGAAAACAGGUUUAAUGGUUAAAUAUAAAACAAAUGGAGAUAAAAAUUAAUUAAUUUUAGCUUAUUAAUUGGAUUCUCCUAGAAGUGCUAAAAAAAGCAAAACUUUACCUAUGAUAGCAUCAUUAAUAAAAUCAAAACAUAAGGAAGGAUUAUUAGAUUAUUUAGUUAGAUAAAAAAUGGCUUUAAAUGUUGAUGCAGGUACAUUUUUAGAAGGAAAUGGAGAUUUUACAUUCUUUCUUAUAGAAAUUGAAUUAAUUGAAGGAGUAGAUGAACUUAAAGUAGCUGAAACUGUUACUGGAUAUUUUAAUAAUAUGUUAGAUUAAUUCUUUUAAGAAGAAGAUAAAAAUGAAAUUAAUUAUACACCAUAUUUAGAAGAAAUAUGGUAACAAUACAAAUAAUUACAAUUAUCAUAAUACAAUUAUUUAGAUAACAAUCAUUAUCCUACUGUAUAAUAAAUAGCUCAUAAUCUAAAUUACUUUGAUUAUACUGAUGCUAUGAGUAUUGAAUUUUUAUAUGAGGAAUUCUAACCUGAAAUUAUAUAUAAUUAUUUGACUGAAAUGCUCAAUCCAUCAAAUAUUGUUAUAUUUCAUGGUUCACCUAAAUUUACUAAUCUUAAAUAAUCAUCAGAAUUAUAUAGAUUAGAAUAUGAAAUUUAAACUCUUUCUAGAGAACAGAUUAAAAAAUUAUCUAGUGCUGUUACUACUAAAGUUGUACUUUUUGAUUGGAUCAAAAGUAAAUAAUUACCAUUGUUAUUACCUAAAAUUAACACUUUCAUUCCUAAAGAUUUUAGUAUUAAAUCUCUAUGUAGAGAAUAAACUUCAUUUAUAUAAGCUCCUCUUGUAUUUAAAAGCAAAGAAGACUGUAUUUAACAUGAAAAAGAAUAUGAAACCAUUAAUCAUUAUCCUCUUAUGAUUAAAAGAACUGUUGAAACNGAAAUAGCAGUAUCAGGUGAUUUAUGGAAGAUUUCACAUUUAUUUUAGAUUUUAUCAAAUAAACCAAUAGGUAGAUUUACAAUAGGUUCAUUAAAAACUUUAAAAGAUCCUAUGAAAGAAUUAGUAAAAUUUCAUUCACAAUACUAUAGUGCAAAUAUUAUGAGUUUAGUGGUAAAAUCAAAUUAUCCUGAUAUGGCCAAAUGGAUUAGAGAAUAAAGUGAUUUUUCAUAAAUACCAAAUUUGAAUUUAAAAAAAAGAUCAAAAUUACAUUUACCUUUAAAGAAAACAGGUUUAAUGGUUAAAUAUAAAACAAAUGGAGAUAAAAAUUAAUUAAUUUUAGCUUAUUAAUUGGAUUCUCCUAGAAGUGCUAAAAAAAGCAAAACUUUACCUAUGAUAGCAUCAUUAAUAAAAUCAAAACAUAAGGAAGGAUUAUUAGAUUAUUUAGUUAGAUAAAAGAUGGCUUUAAAUGUUGAUGCAGGUACAUUUUUAGAAGGAAAUGGAGAUUUUACAUUCUUUCUUAUAGAAAUUGAAUUAAUUGAAGGAGUAGAUGAACUUAAAGUAGCUGAAACUGUUACUGGAUAUUUUAAUAAUAUGUUAGAUUAAUUCUUUUAAGAAGUAGAUAAAAAUGAAAUUAAUUAUACUCCAUAUUUAGAAGAAAUAUGGUAAUAAUAUAAAUAAUUGCAAUUAUCACAAUUCAAUUAUCUAGAUAAUAAUCAUUAUCCUACUGUAUAAUAAAUAGCUCAUAAUCUAAAUUACUAUGAUUAUACUGAUGCAAUGAGUAUUGAAUUUUUAUAUGAGGAAUUCUAACCUGAAAUUAUAUAUAAUUAUUUGACUGAAAUGCUCAAUCCAUCAAAUAUUAUUAUAUUUCAUGGUUCACCUAAAUUUACUAAUCUUAAAUAAUCAUCAGAAUUAUAUAGAUUAGAAUAUGAAAUUUAAACUCUUUCUAAAGAAUAGAUUAAAAAAUUAUCUAGUGCUGUUACUACUAAAGUUGUACUUUUUGAUUGGAUUAAAAGCAAAUAAUUACCAUUGUUAUUACCUAAAAUUAAUACAUUCAUUCCUAAAGAUUUUAGUAUUAAAUCACUUUGUAGAGAGUAAACUUCAUUUAUAUAAGCUCCUCUUGUAUUUAAAAGCAAAGAAGAUUGUAUUUAACAUGAAAAAGAAUAUGAAACCAUUAAUCAUUAUCCUCUUAUGAUUAAAAGAACUGUUGAAACUAAAGCUUGGUGGAAAUUAUAAAGAUAAUUUUAAGUUCCUCAAAUAUUUACAGGUGUUAUGUUUAAUACACCUAAAUCUAUUAAUUCAUUAAAGGAUAAACUCUUAAUUUAAGUAUUUAAUACUCUUGUAACUGAUAAUUUAAAUUAAGAAAUCUAAGAAGCUAUAGAUGCUGGAUAUCAAUUUUAAUUUACUCCAAGUAUUAAGGGAGUUUCACUUGAAUUAUAUGGAUGGUCUGAUAAUUAUUAAUUAUUCUUUGAAAAAGUUCUUUAAUCCAUUAAUAAUAUAAAAUAUGAUUCAUUCUAUUAGGUGAAAUAGAAAUUGAUGAUUCAUUACAAUAAUAUUUAUUAAGACAAAUUAUUUAGAGUAGCUAUGUCAGAAUAUUUGAAUUAAGUUGUUUAAGCUUAAUAUUAUACUUCUCAACUCUUUUAAGAAGAAUUGGCAAACCUAAAUUUGGAAAGUCUACAAGAAUUUCAUUAAAAUUAUUUCUCUAACUUUAGAGUAUCAUCUUUUGUGAGUGGUAACAUUCUUAGAUCUGAAGUAGAAGAUCUAUUACAUUCUAUAAGGAAAGUUUUUCAUAAAUCAAGUAGUCAUACAUCAGAAGAACCUCAUGUUUUUAAUAUAAGAGAUUUCACAAACAAAAAUGUUGUUUUUCCUUUAAUUCAUAAAGGUGGUGAUAAUAAUGAUGUUAAUGGAGUAACAAUUAAUUAUUAUUAAAUUGGUCAUAGAAACAAAAAGAAUUUUGCUAUAAUGAAUCUAAUUCAAUAAUUCUUCCAUAAUCAUGCUUUCUAAUAUCUAAGAACUGAGAGAUAAUUAGGUUAUGUUGCUUUAAUGAGAUUCAUUCCAAUUGGUUGUAUAGAUGGUGCUGCAAUUAUUGUUUAAGGAACAGCAUAAAUGCCUUAUAUUGUUAAUUAACAUAUUGAAGACUUUUUGAAACAAUUCCAUAAUGUUCUUUUAUAAUUAGCUGAUGAUUAAUUAGAUAAUAUAAAAAAUGGAGCUGUAUUAAUUGUAUUGUAUUUUAGAAAUCUGCUCUUUAAGAGAAGGAUAAAUCAUUAUAUGAUGAAAGUGCUUAUAUUUGGAGUUAGAUAAGAGGUAACAAUCUUUAAUUAGAAGAGAAAGAAAUUGCUAUUGCUAUGAUAGAUGAAAUAGUAUAGAAGGUAUUAUUAAUUAUUAUUAUUAAGGAUAUCAUAGAGUUUUAUGAAAAAUAUUUUAUUAAAUAAUAAAAUAAGUUAAGUUUAUAAAUUUAUGGUAAAGGUUUGAGUGAAUAAUUUAAUUAAGUUAAAGAUAAUUUAUUAGAUAAAGAAUAGAUUAUUGAAUUGAAAACUCUUAAUGAAUUUAAAUGUGCUUAUACCUUAAAUAAUUUAUGA